ACACCAUCUCCUCUCCUUCUCUUUGAAAAUAGAUUUCCGGUUUUUUUUGUCGGGGUUUUUCUUCCUCUAUAGACGGGAACGAACAGAAAACGCGGAGGACGCACUUCUACGCUGCACUAGCUUUUUGCUCUUUCUUUGCAAGAUCAACAACUUGCCGCAUCUUCACUGGAACGCUAAAGAAUUUUCAGGGCACCAUCGUCCCUAAUCUUUUUUCCUUUUUUUCCUUUUCCCCCUCUGCGAUAAUUAGAUCUUAGACUGCUUUUCGGUGUUUGAUUUUUUUCUCUUCUUUUCCCUUUUCAUCGAUAUACCAUCCGAUCCCUUUUAAACCCAGCGCAAAUGGCCCCCGCUCUCGACACAAUGACCCCCUCCGACGCCGUUGUCGCCUCGGAAAACCAAAAGUCCGUCAAGGUCCUGGAUGAGCUUCUUCAGAAGUUGUCCGUUUCGAAGACAAAGGAUGAUGCCACCUAUGCUGCCGAGAAUUUGGCCACCUUCAUUAAUGGUCCCAUUGAAGAGCAUGAGGUUCCCACAAAGUGAGUUUGCUUGCCCUCUGGCGAGUCCGAAGGAGUUUGUUCGCUAACCACGGCCACUUAGGAUCCUCAACCUGAUCAAGAAGCAACUCGCAAACAAGAAGGACGCCCUCGCUAGAGAGCAUGCUCUUACUGCCAUUGCCGCCAUCUGCUUGAAGCAGGUUUCUGCCGGUAUUGAGCCUUACAUCGUUUCCCUGCUCCCUAAUGUUCUCGCCGCUGUUGGGGACAAGAUCACCGCUGUUAAGAAGGCCGCCGAGACUGCUUCCCUGAAGAUUGUUGGCACCAUCAACCCCAACGCUGUCAAGGCCGUUCUUCCCGCCAUCUCCCACUCGAUCACCAAGGCCCAGAAAUGGCCCGAGAAGAUGGCCGCCCUCAAGUGCCUCGAUGUUCUCGUCGAGACCGCCCCCGGCCAGACCGCUCUCCGUCUCCCCGAGCUCAUCCCCACCGUCUCCGAGGCCAUGUGGGACACCAAGCCCGAGAUCAAGAAGGCUGCCCGUGCCGCCAUGGAGAAGCUUUGCUCUCUCAUAUCCAACAACGAUAUCAACCGAUUUAUCCCCGAGUUGAUCAGCUGUAUCGCCAAGCCUGAGAAGGUUCCCGAGACGGUCCAUCUCCUCGGUGCUACCGUUUUCGUUGAGAACGUCCAGGCACCCACUUUGUCCAUCAUGGUUCCUCUUCUCGAGCGUGGUCUUGCCGAUCGUGACACCACCAUUAAGCGAAAGGCUGCCGUUAUUGUCGACAACAUGUGCAAGCUUGUCGAUGAUCCUCAGAUCGUUGCCCCCUUCUUGCCCAAGCUUAUGCCCAACCUCCAGAAGAACUAUGACAACAUAGCCGAUCCGGAAGCUCGUGAGAAGACCAAGCAGGGUCUCGAUACUUUGACCCGGGUUGGUGACGUUAAGGACGGCAAGAUACCCGAGAUCUCCGCCGCCGGGGAUCCCAAGGUUAUUCUCGAGAUCGUCAAGGCUGUCUUGUCGAGCAAGAAGGAUCUCGUUGCCAAGUUUGAGCCUAUUCUCGCUUACAUUGCUUCUAUCGCCGGUAGCUUGGUUGACGAGAGGGAGAACGAGGUCCUUAUCUGGACCGAGCACACCGUCCCAUACUUUGCCGCCUUCUUGCCCGAGGGUGAGGCACAGGGUACCGCUGAGACUUUGAGGAAGCGUGCUGCCCCCGGUGUCGCUGAGGAGGAGGCUGAUGAGGAUGAUGAGGAGGGUGAGGACCUCUGCAACUGCACAUUUAACUUGGCCUACGGUGCAAAGAUCUUGUUGAACCAGACCCAUCUGCGACUGAAGAGGGGCCAGCGUUACGGUCUUUGUGGGCCCAAUGGUUCUGGAAAGUCCACCCUCAUGCGCGCCAUCAACAACGAGCAGGUUGAGGGUUUCCCCAAGAAGACCGAGGUCAAGACUGUCUUCGUUGAGCACGAUCUCGACUCUGCCGAUACCGAGAAGACCGUCGUUGGAUGGACAUACGAUAAGCUCGCUGAGACUGGCUCUGGUGUUUCUGUUGAGGACAUCAAGACUAAGUUGGGUGAGUUCGGUUUCCAGGAGACUAUGUUUGAUGCUCCCAUCACCUCUCUUUCCGGCGGUUGGAAGAUGAAAUUGGCUCUUGCCCGUGCUGUGUUCGAGAACCCCGAUAUCCUUCUUCUGGAUGAGCCUACCAACCACAUGGACAGACAGAAUGUCAAGUGGCUGGAGCAAUAUUUGAUCAACUCUCCUUGCACAUCCAUCAUUGUCUCGCACGACUCCGGUUUCCUCGACAACGUUGUACAGCACAUCAUUCAUUAUGAGCGCUUCAAGCUCAAGCGUUACAGGGGUAACCUCAAGGCCUUUACCGAGAAGGUUCCUUCCGCCAGGUCUUACUAUGAGCUCGGUGCAUCCGAGAUCAACUUCAAGUUCCCCGAGCCCGGGUACCUUGAGGGUGUCAAGACCAAGGCCAAGGCCAUCGUCCGUGUCUCCAAAAUGAACUUCCAGUACCCCGGUACCUCCAAGCCCCAGAUUCGUGACAUUACCUUCCAGUGCUCUCUCGGAUCCCGUAUUGCUGUCAUUGGUCCCAACGGUGCCGGAAAGUCUACCUUGGUCAAUGUCCUUACUGGUGAAUUGAUCCCAACCAGUGGUGACAUCUACACUCAUGAGAACAUCCGUAUCGCCUACAUCAAGCAGCACGCUUUUGCCCAUAUCGAUAACCACUUGGAGAAGACUCCUUCCGAGUACAUCCAAUGGCGUUUCCAGACCGGUGAGGAUCGCGAGACUAUGGACCGCGCCAAUACCAAGAUCACCGAUGACGAUGAGCAGGCCAUGAACAAGAUCUUCAGGAUCGAGGGCUCCCAGAGACGUGUCAUCUCUAUCUCUUCCCGAAGAAAGUUCAAGAACUCUUACGAAUAUGAGUGCUCGUUCACUCUCGGGGAGAAUGUCGGACAGAAGGGAGAGAAGUGGAUUGUCAUGUCCACCUCCGACAACGCUUGGAUACCCCGCACCGAGCUCAUCGCCUCCCACGCCAAGAUGGUUGCGGAGAUUGAUCGUGCCGAGUCAAUCAAGGCUGGUCAGUUCCGUCAGCUCAUCCGUAAGGAGAUUGAGGCCCACUGCGCUCAGUUCGGUCUCGACGCUGAGCUUGUCUCUCACUCUCACAUGAAGGGUCUCUCUGGCGGUCAGCGUGUCAAGGUCUGUCUUGCCGCUUCGACAUGGCAACGCCCCCAUCUUAUCGUCCUUGACGAGCCUACCAAUUAUCUCGACAGAGAUUCACUAGGCGCCUUGUCCCGCGCUCUCAAGGCGUUCCAGGGUGGUGUUAUCAUCAUCACGCACAGCGAGGAGUUCACGAAGGAUCUCACUGAGGAAGUGUAAGUUUUAUUCCUGUCUUAUCUGUGAAUGAUUGACCGAAUGCUAAUAUGUGUUUAAUAGUUGGUCUGUUCUUGACGGAAAAAUGACGCCUUCUGGACACAAUUGGGUUCAAGGUCAAGGUGCUGGUCCUCGUCUCGAGGACAAGGCAAAUGAGGAGGAUGUUUUUGAUGCCAUGGGUAACAAGGUUCAGGGUGGUAAGAAGAAGAAGAAGCUCACUUCCUCUGAACUCCGCAAGAAGAAGAAGGACCGUAUGGCGAGGAGAAAGAAGGGUGAGGAGGUUUUCUCCGAUGAAGACGAGUAAUCUAUAGGGGAGCUGUCUCGAGUUUUUCUUGUUUUCUGGCUCGGUUGUUUCUUCUUGUUUUUUUUUCCCUUUGUCGUCGGCCAUGAUAAUGAUGAAAAGUGGGGUUUCGGGUUUUUUCUUUCAUGUUUACGGAUGGUGGGCUUGUGUGGUUUUUUCCUGUUAUUUUUCUUGUUUCACCAUUCUUAUGAUAGAGAUAAACUGGUUCUAUUAAUACAAGUACAUGAUGGAGGUUGUUUCAAUUGUUGUCCCGUUGGAGUUUUUGUUUUGUUUUUAUCGUCUACAAGUAGACGUGAAUUUGUUUGCCCCCGGUACGGUGAUUCAAAGAGAAAAAUCGGUGGUCGUGAGAUGGGUGGUUGCACACGCACCUGUGAGAUCUUGUUUACGGUUUCAUCCUAUCGCAGAUAUCCGGGCAUCCCUGCAUGCCCGCCUGUCUGUCUGCAUUAACUUGCUAAGCUUUUGACCUGUGAUACCACAUUUGGAAAGUGGACUCGAUGGUGGUGGGUGGAUGCCGGACAUGUGGUCGUCCAUACAGCCAUCCAUCCAUCCAUCCAUCCAUCCAUUACACUGGAUUGUAGACUAUGGUUGGGGGCAUUUUUUUUCACUUCAUUUUUUCGUUUCUAAUUGAAAGAGGGGUGAUUUGUCGAAUCGGCACUAUGCAUAUCAUGGUGAGGUUCUUUUUUGGUUUUCGGCGUGGGGGGGGCUACUGUAUGGUACUGUACGGCACAGUACCUUUAUGGUUGGUCCGGAACGGGGAGAAGGAUGAGGGGAGUAUUUGAGUCGACAGAAGAGGGGAGUAUCAUAGUAUGAUACGUGUAGAUUAAUUUCAGUUAUAGGAAUCGGGGUUCUGUGAGUUUUCUCCUGCAAUAUCGAACACACCGCGGAAUUCCAGAUAGUUUAUACAUAUCAUUUGCCACUGGAGUAUCCUGUAGACUAUCGUACGGUACGGUUGACCACUGGUGGCCUGCGGCCGUUUAGAAUUGGGCUCCCAGGGGUAGGGGCGGAGGGGGGGUGAGUGCUGUGCUGUGCUGUGAUGUAGGUACGGUAUGGUAUGUACUUUAUCGUAGAUAUAUCGUACGCCAUUACUUCUCGACUUGACUGAGCUUUCGGAUGCGGUUCUGGUACGGUGAGUCGUGUGGCUUGCGUUUUACUUCUAGAAUUGUGUAUCUUGAUAAAGUUACCAGUGCGGUGUGGGUACAGUACGAUAUCGUAUAGCGCGUACUGUACUCGUACUUGCUUCUAUGCUGGUACUUCCCGGGACUGACUGGGUUCAUCGUGGAAGUACAAUAAUUACUUGUAAUGUAGGGUGGGAGGAAUGAAAUAUGUCGUGUUGAUCCGUGUUUUCGUGGCGGGCUGUAACUUACUUGAUCUAGGGAAUGAAUUUUUUUUCCUCUCUUCCUUUUUCCUUUCUUUAAUGGAGAGUUCUUGUGCUUGGCUGAGGAAGUCGGUUUCGAGUAUAGUAUUUCAUACUGCGCUGGUACUCAGGGGUCUUGAAAUCCUUUUUUCCCCCCCCUCUUAUUCUUCUUUCAUUUCUCUUUUGACUUCCCUGUCAUGACAAUUACGUUUUUUUUACGGGUAUUUUUUGUAUAUAUCAUAAUAGAUAGUAAUGCGAAUGUUAAGAAGUGAAAAAAGGUUGGAGAUGAGAGAUUUGGCAGGUUGUGGGCAGUGGUAGCGGGACUGGCUAACUCACUGUAUUGUGGUAUCAGUUAAGUUACUCGUAUACACCAACCAUUCCAAUAUUUUACAGUGGAAACUGGAAUGAUCGAGCUGUGUGCUAUUAUAGGUGAUUUAGAUUCAGCUUGGACUACCUGUGGUUGAGGAUUCUGGACUUUGGGAAAGGGACUGACUUGACUGACUGGAGCGCGGCAGAUAAUAAUAAAAAAAAAGGGACCGGGGA